AUGACCCUGCUCAUCAUUCUUUUCGGCUUGCUUCUCGGCGGCAUCUUUUGCAUCGAUGAGGUGACGUCCAGCCCUCUCAACAACUAUAUUGCCUCUCAAGCUGGUACUUGGGGGCACUCUCCUUCGUAUGCCCCUACCCCCGGUGACUUCGGCCGUGAACGUACGCCAUCUGAAUAUAGCCUCUCGCCCACCCAUCAGUUUGGUGAACGUUCCACGCCCCUGCCUCAAUCUCAACCUAGUAGACUGCGCUUCCUUGACGAUCUUGAAUCGGAUAAUGGGGCAACAGACGAUGAUCACCCGACUUAUAUACCAUAUGUGAUUGAGUGGAGGGUGACUCUUAACCACCGGGUCCUGGCAAAGGAUACAGAACAAGAUUUGGUUUCAAGACCCAGUUCAUACUGGCGGCAGAUUAAACAGAAGGCUGAACGUGUGCUGCGUCAGAAAGUAAACCAUAAUCAGCGUGUGAAGCCAGACGAUACUUCUGUUGUGGUUUCUGUAAACGGCCGCUCACAGCGUGAUCUUACAAAACACUUCGAGAAGACAAAUAUUGACUGGACAGCCAUAAAUAGGCAGAUCUUCAUGUGGCAGAAUCUGCUUCAUCAGUGCGACAAAAAACUCGGGAUUUCUAUCUCUAUUAACUAUAUGGAGGACAACAGCCCCCCGACGAGAAGAACUAACAAAAGAGGAAGCUCCUCAGCAACCAACAGGAUGCUCCGUGAACGGGAUGAUCGAAUUGAUGCUGAAGAUUCCUCUCGACAACCUUCAGUUUGGCGAGAUGUAUAUCAGAAAAUGCGAUGCCCUGGACCACCCUGCCACCAUGAGGGGCAGUACUGCUGGCAGGAUCCGGAGGGAAAGAAGCACUACAAACUCAGGACCCAUCAUUUGACAGCCCUUGUCAAAUAUGUGGAGCAAGGUGGCAUUAUCGAGUCACAUGAUGAUAUUCCUGACAAUGUACGUGAACAGCUGUAUGCUGAAGAGCGUCAGCGACUGUCAAAACAAAAUAAAUCCACCAAUGGCUCGACUGGGUCAAUGCCGCCGCAGAUAAACAUCAAUGUCCUUCCGGCGCAGUCAUCUCAACCAUCGAUCUCUUCUUGGGGUGCUGAAGCAAAUCCAAGUACCGCCCAGGGUGAAAUAGUUGAUAUUCCCGGAUUACUUGAUCAAGCAGUGGAAGAAUAUACUGAUUGGCAUCUGUCACGAGUGAGCGCUGAGACCUUCAAAGCAAAUAUCAAGAAAGCACGUGAUGUAGCACUGGACAACUGUCUCGACCUCAAACAAAUCCAUGGUGAAAACCCAGAGUUCUUUGUCAAACAGGGGGUGAAGAUUGGUGCCGCGCGCAAGUUCGUUAGCGACAUCAGCCUCUGGCUCAAGCACCGGGAGCAAAAUAAGGAGAGUGGGAACCACUAG